AUGAGUAAAAGAAAUCAAUUUAAAGUGCCAGUAUCAAUAUCAAACACAACAUCGAGUUCUACAGAUUCUUUUAAAACUCCACAAGUUCGUCAACGUAAAAUAUCUUCAUCAUCAUCAGAUCAAUCGUCAAUAUGUUCAAACUCAUACAUACAAUCUUCAUCCAAAGCAGAUUCACAACAUCAGUUAGAUUUAAAAUACAAUGAUUAUUUACGUGCAAGAUUAACGAAUAAAUUACUGAAGAAAAAAAUGAAAGAAAGUAAAGAUUUAUUAAAUGAACAAUCAAUACAAUUAGCAAUGAUCACGAAAGAAUUAACAGACUUAAAAUGUCAACUUGAAAUCCAAAAGGAAAACAGUUCUUAUUCAAAGACAAUCAAAUGGAAAAUUCAUGAAAAUUCAAUAAUCGCCAAAAAAGUGUUGGAGGAUGAAAAUAUUAAGAUGAAUCAAAAUCUUAAAGCAUCUUUGAUUUUGAAUCAGACAAAUGCUUUAAUUCUGAAUUCAAUUGAAAGUUUUAAAAACAGUAUUCUAUCUACUUUUUGGCAUAAGUUUAUUAUUCAUGAAGGUGCCAGUUUAGAUUCAAAACAAGUAUUAAAAAGUGUUGUUCAAUGUGGUGGUGAUAUAUUUCCAAUACAAUAUGAGCUUGAUGGUGAAAACGCAACAUUUAUUGCACGAAAUUGUUCAAAAGCAAUUGAAAAUCUAUGUGCACGUAAUUUAGUACUGAAGUAUGCCGAAGGGAAACCACCGGCAGUUUUGAGUAUUCAUGUGAAUAAAGGAGUUCCUAAUCAAACAACCUUAAAUAUUCAAGAUGUUAUUACACAAGUAAUUAAAAAAAGAUAUACAAAAGAAACUGGUGUUUUAAAUUUGGAAAAUUUCGUGGAUGAUCCUGAUUUACGCAACAAAGUUUUCUGUUCAAUCAGUCAGCACAAAGUUUUGAUGUUCGUUUUAUCGUUAGCGAAUGAAUUAAAUGUGAGAUGUUUACAAUUAAAUAAUAAUGAGAUAUCAAAAAUUGACGGUCUGGAAGUGAUGACUUAUAUUUGGACCUUCAAAUUACUUCAUUCAAUUGACUUACGGAAUAAUUUAAUCGCUGACAUUUCAGAACUGAAUUUGUUACAAAAAUUUAAUAUUACUGAACUUUGGUUAGAUGAGAAUCCAAUAUGUAAUGCAUAUGAAAAUUACGAGUAUGUUUCGAACGUAAAAAAAGUCUGCCCAAACAUAAAAAUAUUAGAUGGUGAGGAACUAUGUAAAAAUGGAAUACCGAUAUCUCGUAAAAAUUUUUUAAUAAAAUAUUCAUCAAUAAAUUUAGUUGAUCAAUUUUUGGAACACUAUUUUAAGCUAUAUGAUACAAAUCGUGAAUCGUUGAUUGAUUUGUAUCAUUCAGAAGCGUUGCUAUCGUUAACUUCAUCAUUAAUCCCAAAUCAAAUUACAUCAACAACUGAAAAACUUGAUAAAUUCCAAAGAAUUAAUCGGAACUUAUUAAAUAAUAAGGAUUCCAAAAAGUAUGAAAAGUUUUUGUAUCAUUCUCGAGAAGAUAUUGUGAAAAUUUUAUGUAAAUUGUCUGCCAGUGAACAUGAUUUGUACUCUUUUACUGUAGAUGUAUUAUAUCAUGUGGAUAAAACAACUGUAAUUUCAGUAACAGGAGUUUUUCGAGAAGGAAGCGAUAAAGAAAAAUACGAUUCUAGAAAUUUGUUAAAUUUUUCUCGCACUUUUGUAAUAUUAGCAGCAGCGGAUGGCGAAUAUCACAUUGUCAAUGAACAAUUGUUUAUUUCAAAUGCUACAACGAGUCAAGUAAAAUUGGCUUUUCAAAAUCAUAACGAAAUUAAACCAAAAACUUUUACCGACGAAGAACAAUCAUGUCUAAUAGAAACAAUUGUCAAAAUAUGUGAAACUGACGUGGAAAUUGCAAAAAGAUUAUUGGAAAUAACGAAUUGGGAUCUGAAGUCGUCAAUAAAAAUAUUUGUAGAUCAAAGUAUUCAGCAACUGAUGACGUCAUCAAGUCCACCAACAUCAUCUGACAGUAAUCCUUCUUGGCAAAUUUGUAAUCAUAUUCCAAAUCAACCUGUUGGAUUUUCAAAUUCAUUUCCAGAUCCAUUUAUUGCUGCUCCUCGUCCGCCUAUUGGAAUUACAAUUCCACCCAUUGGAAUUGCAAAUUCACCCUUUGGAAUUACAAAUCCACCCAUUGAAAUUCCAUACACAUCUUCUGAAAUUAUUCAAAAUACACAUGUUGAAUUUUCAAAUCCAUUUCCACAUCCAACCGUUGCUGAUCCGCAUCCACCUAUUGGAAUUGCAAAUGCACCCAUUGAAAAUCCAUAUCCACCAUCUGGAAUUCCCUAUCCUUCUCUUGAAAUUUCAAAUUCAUCUUAUGGCGUUCCAAACCCAAAUGAUGGAAACAUAAAUUCAUCUCUUGGAUUUCCAAAUCCAUUUUAUUUAUCGCCUCAAUCAUCCCAAAUAACAAGUACGACAAAUGAAUUUGUCUCAGGAUUACUGGAAGAUGAUGUUCUGAACAAAAAUCAAAAUAUUAUUGAGAACAAUUCUGAAAAAUCGCAAAUUGUACCCGUGUCAGUAAAAGAAAUGAUUUGUGAUGUAUGUUAUUUUUAUAGCAAUCAUCGGAAAGAUUGCCCAAAACAUCCAGAAAACUUGGAAAAAAGUCUCGAAUCGAAUACCAACACAUCAAUUGUACAAAUGUAUUCGUUUAUAAAAAAAUUAGAAAUUGAGUCAACACCAAAUAAGUUUCCAAUAAAAAACGUCCCCCAAGAAGCACAGAAAAAAAAUAAUUCUCGACGUAAACGAAUAAAAUGUACAAAAUGUCAAAAGCGCCAUUUUUCAACAACAAUAUGCACUAAUAUUUUAAAUUUAGUAUCACCUUCAACUAAUAGUAAUAACAUAAUUAAUAUUAAUAAAUAUGGCGAAGAAAUCAAUUGUGGUAAAGAUAAAAAACUUGAUGAAGUUUCAACAAAAAUGUCAUAUAAUACAGAUUCAUCAAAUCCACUUGAAAAAUUUAUAAAAAUAAAGUCAGAUAGUAGUUCUAAAGCAUUCCAAAGAAACUCUGAAAACACUGAUAGUACCAAAACAAAUUCUAAGAAUACUGAUCUUCAUAAAAAAAACCAAAAUGUCUUAAAUUUAAAUAACGGGAAUAUAGAAAAAGCAUUAAAAGGUAGUUCUGAAACUACUGAAUCUUCGGAGGCAGAAAAAUUAUCUACGACCGAAGAACAAAAAUCGGAAAGUAGUUCUCAUAUAACUUUUGAAAAAAGUACCAAAACUGAUCUUAAAAUAGAAACAAAUUCCAGUAAUACUAGGCUUGUUACAAAAAAUCAAAUAGACUUAAAUUUAAAAUCAAAUAACGGAAAUAAAGAAAAAACUGUACAAAGUAACUCUGAAACUAUUGAAAUUACGAAGACAGAAAAAUUAUUAAAAACUGAAGUUGAUGCAAACCAAAAAAUCGAAAGUAGCUUUAAAACCGAAAGGAAUUCUAAUAAUAUUGGCAACAAUUUGAAACUCUUAUGUUGGUAUUGUAAUAAACCAAACCAUGAUGUAUUUGAAUGCCGAAGUCGUAAAAGACAUAUUAGAGAAGGAAUUUUUGAUUUCGAAAAAUUUUUUGAAACUCUAAAAACAAAAAGUGCUGUAACAAACACUACAACCGCUGACGUUCAAAACAUUACUGAAGCAACAUUAAAAUGUAGUUCUGAAAUUAUUGAAUCUAUAAAGAUAGAAAAAAUUGAAGAUGAAAGUGAAAAACAAAAAUCUGAAAAAAAUAAUAGUACCAAAACAGCUCUUGAAACCGAAACGAAUUCUAAUAACACUGGUAAAAAUUUGCAACCCUUAUGUUGGUAUUGUAAUGAGGCAAAUCAUGAUGUAUUAGAAUGUCAAAAGCGUAAAAGAGACAUCGAAAAUAGAGUUUUUGAUUUCGAUAAAUUUUUUGAGACCCUAAAAACAAAAACUGAAGUGCCAAAUACCGAAAAAGCAUUAGAAAGUAGUUCAUCUACGGGAAACCAAGUUUUAAAGUGUACAAAUUGUAAAAAAGAAGGCCAUACAAAAGAGUCAGUCGAAUGCAUAUCGCAACCUAGUAAAACUGAUAAAAAAUUACAUCCUAUAUGUUUUUAUUGCAACAAGAAAAGGCAUAAGCUACUUAAUUGCGAAAAACGUAAAGUUGACAUUUUAGAUGGAAUUUUCGAUGACGAUAAGUUUCUUAAAAGUCUACAAAAAUUUGAAGCGGAAAAUAGUUUUAAAAUUUCAGGUGUCACACAAAAGAAAAUUUUAUUAUGUGACUUUUGUUCAUCAGAAGGACAUACACAAAGUUUAUGUAAUAAAUUAAACGGAAUCGUGACAGAAAAUUUAAAACAACUUGGUACACUCGACCCUUUUCACAUGAACUCGAGUGGCACUAUAGUUAAACAAUGUGGUUACUGUGGAAAACUUGGACAUUCAAAAUAUUCCUGUAAAAUAAUAAGAGCAGAAAUAAUGGUGAUUGCAACCGAAAAUGUAAAUUCUGAAACUUUGCAAAGAAUGUUGGAUACAAACACCUGUAGUUAUUGUAAACAGAAUGGACAUAUAAAACGUCAGUGUGUUAAUUUUAAAAAGAAACUGCUUAAGCAUAUCCAGAGGAUGGCCUUGGUUAACAUCCCAAGACUUGAUUACUGAACAAUCUGUUAAAUGUGUAUUUAGGAAAGUUUUUUUUGUAAAAAAUUGUAAACUAUUACCGCAUCGUUUAAUAUCAUGAAAAGGAACCUUAGGUAUUUCUUUACGAACAGCUGAAAAUUGAUGGAUCUAUAUUUAAUUCACUAUAGACUAAAAUUAAAAACUGAAAGCUCAAAGCUUUCAGAAAACGUGAUGAGGUCUUUUCUAAUGGCAAAUGUUCUUCAACCCUAUUUCAGAUAUACUAGUCAUUUUUCAUUUGUUUGUAAUUUUCUCUUUGUUUGGGGUUCUAGUAAUGGGUGAACUCUAUAUUUGAUGUGAAUAUAUUUAAUCGAUUGAGAUUUUAUAAUUAAAUAAAAUAAAGUGCACUCGCUAUUCUUUUUCGAAGUCUACACUUGAAAUGAAACAAAAUAUAUAGUAUAAUUUUUUUUAAAAUUAAGUUGCGUUCUCGUUUAAAAAUGUUGAUCAUAUAAAUUUUUU